UGAAUUUCACUAUUAUUUUACCCAUUGCAUUGGAUAGCACCAAAAACAAAACCAGUUUUAAACGAAAUAUUUAAAAUCAAACAGUAAACAAAACUCUUUUAAGCGUAUACUGGAGACAGUAUGAUAGAGCGUCCACAAUUUGUCACGCAGUCUGCACAUUGUCACGAAACCAUAAGCGCCCGGUUUCAUUCAUAAAGACUGAUAUCAACUACCUUUGUUUACUUAUCGCGGAGCAACAAAAAGAAAGUUUUACUGCAUAGUACAUAAUAAUAAGUCAAAGUGUUCGGAGCUGUACAAUUUUAUGCAGUACAAUUGAAAUUCUUAUACGUAUGUAUGUAUAAGGGCUUUCCGGGACUGCAGUUUCAAAAACUUUAAAUAAAGAGGACUCCAAGUAAUUUAUAAUAGUCACUGUUACUCAAUAUUCUUCUUAACAUCUUCUAAACUCCUGAUGCAAAUAUCCAUAUCUUGCAGAUAAAAAAAAGUGCGAAAGAUCCACACCCUUUGAGAAUGGCUACACAAUUGGAAAGCUCAAAACCAAAUACAAUACCUCAAACAAUUAGUAGUGAAGGUGUGACGAUGAAGACCCCGCCUUCAAGCUCAGAAAAUCAACCACCCACUCCAGCGUUGAAAACAUUCGUUAAGGAGAGAUGGAAAAGCAACAGCACAUCAGAACAAAUAAGCCAAGUAAUGUCUGGUGGUUUAGCUGCUGCUAUAACGCGUACACUUUGUCAACCAUUGGAUGUAUUAAAAAUACGGUUUCAGCUGCAAGUGGAACCACUGAAGGAGCACAUCAAUCAGCAAUCAAAAUAUACAAGCAUAGUUCAGGCUGUUCGCACAAUUUAUCGCGAAGAAGGUUUACUUGCCUUCUGGAAAGGUCACAAUCCAGCUCAGGUGUUAAGUAUAAUUUAUGGUAUAUCUCAGUUCUGGACUUAUGAGCAGUUAAGUUUUGCCGCUAAACAAACUACAUACCUUAAGGAUCAUACGAAUGUAUCGAAUUUUCUUUGUGGUGCUACAGCUGGCGCUACUGCUGUCGUAUUAUCGACACCCAUGGACGUAAUACGGACACGUCUCAUCGCUCAAGACAAAUACAAAGGCUAUAAGAAUGCAACAAAAGCGGUAUCGGCAAUAAUACGCAACGAAGGCAUACGCGGAAUUUAUCGGGGCUUAAAUACUGCGUUAUUGCAAAUUACACCAUUAAUGGGUGUCAAUUUUAUGCUUUACCGACUAUUCAGUAAAUCCGCAAUGGAAUUUUACGAAGUGAACGAACGCAGCGAAUUGCCAGCAUGGGUUCUGCUUUGUUUGGGUGGAUCAUCUGGCAUGUUGUCCAAGUCAAUGGUGUAUCCUUUUGAUUUAUUAAAGAAGCGACUGCACAUACAGGGAUUCGAAGCAAACCGUCAGACCUUCGGCGAAAACAUACGCGCUACGGGGAUUUACAGCUGUCUCAGAAAGACUGUGCAACAGGAAGGCCCGGCAGGCCUAUAUAAAGGCAUGGCUCCAACACUACUAAAGUCGUCCAUAACAACGGCUUUAUACUUUGCCAUUUAUGAUAAACUCAGAAAGGUUCGUUGGUUCACUUAACCCAUUGUUUGUUGAAAAUUAUUAACUAGAUAAUUUAAGUUAUAUAUUACAUUAUUAUUUUAUAAAAU